CAAGGCCCUCCCAACCAUUCUUCCCCAUCUCCCCUUGAAAACAAAACUUCCCAUUUCCUUUCUCUCCGGUUAACUCCCCUCCAGGGCGAUGUCUCUCUCCGUCUUCCUCCUAUGGCUCGUCAUCAUUCCUUUCUCCGUCUGCUCUGCCUCUGCUCCUAAAGGCUAUUUCAUAAACUGCGGUUCCUCCGGUUCGCAGACCGUCGGCAACCUCAGUUACAUAGGAGACGAUAGCUUCAUUUCCACUGGAAGCCAAUUCUCUUUCAAUAAAUCCGAUUUAGUGCCCAUAUUGAACACGUUGAGGUACUUUCCCGAUGAAUCGGCGAGGAAAUUCUGCUACGUAGUUCCGGUGAUCAAGGGUGCGAAGUACUUGGUAAAAACCACGUACUAUUACGGAGGGUUCGACGGAGGGAAGGAACCGCCGGUGUUCGAUCAGAUUAUCGGUGGGACGAAAUGGAGUCUCGUCAAUACGACGGAGGAUUACGCCAAUGGAAUGAGUUCGUAUUACGAGAUUAUCGUGGCCGCCUCCGGGAAAACACUAAGCGUUUGCCUCGCGAGAAACGCGCAGACGGCUUCCAGUCCGUUUAUCUCUUCUCUCGAAGUGGAAUUGCUUGAUGAUUCCGUUUAUAAUUCCACUGAUUUUGAAAAAUACGCACUCAGUACUGUUGCGAGGAAUUUCUUUGGAGGGGAUGGGGCCAUGAUCAGCUUUCCAGAUGAUCCAUACAAUCGAUUGUGGCAGCCAUUCAAGGAUCAGAAUCCGGUUGUUGUGGGUCGUUCGAAUGUUACCCCUUCUGAUUUCUGGAAUAAUCCACCGGUUAAAGCGUUCGGAAAUGCAAUUACGACGAGCAGAGGGAAGACGCUGCAAAUACAGUGGCUGCUGUUUACACUUCCGGCAACCAAGUACUACAUUGCAUUGUAUUUCCAAGAUAAUCGAGCCUCGAGUCCUUAUAGUUGGAGAGUCUUCAGUGUUUCAGUGAAUGGCAAGAGCUUCUACAACAGUCUCAAUGUCACAACUUCUGGUGUUACCGUUUCAGGAGUAUGGCCUCUAUCUGGACAGGUUCAGAUCACCUUAACUCCUGAUGCAAAUAGUCCGGUUGGACCCGUGAUCAAUGCUGGGGAGAUACUGCAGCUUAUUCCUCUUGGUGGAAGGACUGUUACUAGAGAUGUGAUGGUAAUGGAAGAAUUAGUAAGAAGUUUUAACAACACGCCAUUGGAUUGGAUAGGGGAUCCAUGCCGGCCUGUUGAGAACUCAUGGACAGGAGUUUCAUGCUCCAAUGACAAUUUUGCCAGGGUCAUCUCUUUGAAUCUUACAAAUGUUGGGCUGACUGGCUCUCUCCCUUCUAUCAUAAACCGUUUAACUGCACUCCAUCAUCUUUGGCUAAGUGGAAAUCAACUAUCAGGUUCGAUUCCUGACAUGGGUUUGUUGAGCAAGCUUGAAACUCUGCAUCUGGAGAACAACCAGUUCACAGGACCAAUUCCCAACUCUUUAGGAAAUCUUGUGAAUCUUCGUGAGAUAUUUCUUCAGAACAACAAUCUUGAUGGCCCAAUUCCUGAGGCACUACAGGAAAGGAGUGGCAUAAAUAUACAGGUGUCUCCCGGAAAUCAUCUGUCGGCAUAAUACGAAGGAUGAGAGAGAGUAAUUUAAAACUACUAACAUCGCAUUACAAUUACGCAACUCUAGCGUCAAUUCCAUGUUUGCUAAACCAGAAAUGACUUCAGGAAAUACUGUAUGAAACAUUUGUACACAGCUAACGUAUUUUCAUUGCUCAUUAAAAACUGUUGACUUCU